AUGCCUACAUUAUCCGAAACUUCGAAGCCACACAAUGGAGAGAAUGGUUCCUCAGAUUUAAAGCUUUCACAGAAUUACUUGCCAACCAAUAACACUAUUUUACAUGAUACCAACGUUUACGAAAAUCAAGGUGAUUCAGAAGGUGAGCAAUGCGUAGAAAAUCAUUUCAAAGUUGAUGGUUCGGGAAACGGUGCCGGAGUACCGGUAAAAACCAAAUAUGCCUCUGAAGCACACGUUUGUUUUCCAAGUAAAUGGUCUAAAAGCAUAGAACCAACGCUUAUGUGUAUAAACGGAUUAGAUGAUUUUUAUAAUCAGCAACAAAUAUGCGUACUUGGAUGUAAUUUGUGUGAUUCAGAAGAAAAACGGAGUUUAUUUCAUAUUCAAAAUAAUGAAUGGACUUGUAAUCACGAAAACCAAAGUGCUAAUCAUCCUCGUCAGCAGAACCAAAACAGUAAAAGCGAUCUAUUAAAUAAACAAAUCAAUGAGUUAACUGAGCGUGGAAGUUACAAAAUUAAGUGGGUUGAAAAGCGCAACGAAUAUGAAAGUGAAAUCAAAGAGUUAAGAAGAGCCAAAGAAAAGGCCACUCAGAAAAAUAUCAAGUAUGAAGAACAGAUAACCGAAUUAAAAAAUAAGCUCAGUUCAAAACAAGAACAGAUACACAAUUUAUUGAUUGAAUUAGAACAAUCUAAUCAAAGAUUAAAUGUAAUCGAAACACAAUUUAAUGCUUACAAAUUACAAACUAGUCAGAAUGAAGAGAAUUACCAAAUCUUAUCGCGUGAAUUCGUGAUUAUGAAACAGUGUAAAGAGCAAGCAGAAUUGAAUGCAAAAAAUUGUGAAAACAAUCGGUUACUAUAUGAGAGACGAAUGAAAGAAUUGGACGACAAUUAUGAACAAAGUAAACAACGUUAUUAUGACGAUAUAAAAGGACUAAUGAAUCAAUUGGAUAUGGAACGUUCAAGGGCUGAUGAACUCUUGCAAAAAAUUGAACAUAAUCGCCGCCAAAAUGAAGAACAACUUAAAACCAUCGAACAAACUCAACAGAAGAAACUAGAUGCAUUGUUGGAAGAUGGCCAAAAGGAGUUAAGAAAACAGCUAGCUGAAGCGAAUGAACAAAUUAAGGAGCAACAAAUAACAAUAUUUAAUCAAGAAUUAAAAAUUUCUACAAUGGAUUCAGAUAAAAAUGAGCUCAUAAAAAUCAAUCAAAAAUCAACAGAGGAACAAUCAGAUCUUCGUGAACAAAUUAAGUUGAUUGAAAAUUUAUUAACAAUAAAAGAUCAAGAUAUUUCAAUGAUGCAAUUUGAAUGUCGUCUCUACGCUGAUAAAUUGAAACAAACUGAAUUGGAAAAAAAUCAUUUCAUCGAAAAAGAACGAUUUAUAAAACAAAGAUAUCAAAACAAAGCCAAACGUGCAUGGGAACAAUGUCAAACUACUCGUACACGUUUAAGUAGAAGACUUGUUCAUCUACGUUAUAACAGAGAUUUAUUAUCAAAACAUUUAAAGAAACAAUAUGAACAAAUGAAUCGUUUGAAUAAUUUAUUUUGGGAAACUGGAUGGGCAUAUGUUCAAUCACAAAACUCUCUACAAAAUAUCAAUAGACACGAAAAGAAAUAUGUAGAUAAAGAAAUGCAAACAAUUUUAAUUAAUAACAAGGUAAAACAACCUUAUGUGACUAUAGACCAGAUUGUACAGACUGACGCUUCACAGCCGGAUAACGAUGCUAAAGAUGACACAGUGAUAUCAUGCGCUAUCACAUGGAUUUCAAAUGAUUUAGAAAACUUGACAGGAAAGUUGGAGAAAUUGCUUAAAUAUCACGGAAAAGAAAACUUCAAUGAUCAAGACCUAGACAACGAAGAAUUUCAUAUAGGAUUUAGUGAAAAAGUAUCUAUGAUUUCACUGAUUCUUGAAUUAAAAUGCAAAGUGAAUUGGUUAAAAACGUGUUUUAAUCAAUUAACAGGAUAUACUUUUAGAAAAAACAGUGAAGUAUCAAGCAAAAAUAACUUAACUAAAUUGGAAGAUAUUAAAAGGAAUUUCGAGAGUUCGACGAGCAACUUGAAGUUGUUAUUAAGUCAAAUGGAAACUGAUGCACUAGAAGACGAAUUAUCAUGUGUCGGUAAACUAGCCCAAACAACAGCAAAUCAACUGAAACUUAGUCACUCAAGGUAA